AUGCCGGCCACCGACAAAUCAGCCCCGGCUCAGAUCCUUGCCACCGCGCAACAAACCCCAAUAGCGCAGCUCAGUCCCGAUCUACCGGCGCCGGCAUCUCGUGUUGUCCGAGGCGAGGUCACCAUUACCUGGCCGUACAAUUCGUUGAAGCAGACCUUGGCCUUCCUUCUUGCCGAGCCCGACGUGCGUCUUCGGCGCACCAAAGGCCAAGUCCGCGUCGAGCUACAAGGCCCAAGCGCAAAGGCCGCUGCUGCAUGCAACCUCGGCGGAGGCGAUCAGCUUGCCCUGAGCUUGGAUGGGGUUGCGUGGGCAAAGGAUCAGUCCACUGCUCGGCAGCCCGGCUCUCGUAUUGAGUGGCAGCUGAAAUUCACUGGGAAGCUGCUGCUGGAGGUCAAGAGUGGUGAGGAGGAGCAAGGUGUGAAAUAUGUCAACAUCGAUGAGCCCACCCCCAUCGACAAUCCCGAGCCAACACUCCCCGCGAUACCCGACCCUGUCGAACGCGAGAUAACGCCUCCGGCGCCACCUCGACCUGCUAUACAACGAGUGGUUGCGAACGACGAGCCGGAGGAGUUUUCGUCCCCUGCUUUCAUCAAACGAGCCAGGGUGUCAUAUGGGUCAUUGUUUGAGUCUGGCUUCGACAUAUUCGAGGACGAUGGCGGAGUCAAGGGGAAAGGGCGCAAGCGGACACGCUUUGGCCGCGACAGUAGCGCCUGGAGAUAUGCCAGUCAUUCACCAAGUCCUGAACCUGAGGAGGAACAGGCGUCAGAAUCGGAGGAGAUCGCUCGGGCCACUGCUCUAUCUUCUCCUCCCCGGACACAGAUGACCGACGAGGGAUGCCAGACCGUCGAGCUCGACAUACCUGUCGCUUCGCCUCGCAUUGAAACCCCUCACCCGGUGGAACAAACGCACUCUGCUCACCCUGCUGAGCCGGAUGUGUCUUUGCCAUUACCGCCGACUACUGUGAACGGCACUACCACAUCGCCAAUGGCAGUUGACAUACCAACACAAGAGCCUCCGCAAGCCGAGGGCUUGACCACUAGUAGCGAGCCUUUCGGUUCUGCUUUAUUUGGCUCAUUCAUGCCAAGUGGCGAUGCCUUUGGCAGCUUGAAUCAAUUUCCAACAGCGAACAGUGCUGCUAGCUUUGGAGAGAAUCAGAUCCCUAUCAGCGACCAGGUCCGAUUCGGUUUUGCGCAGCCAAUUGCUUCCAUGGAGCCUACUCCUCACGCCAUCUCCAAUCUUCUUCAUGCUCCACUUGACACGCAUGAGCAUUACCCAGAGGAGCACCUAGGGUCUGGAAAUGCUUCAAUACAACACGCUGAAUUUGGAUUUGAGGAGCGAGAAGCAGCCAGCGCCUUGAUUGCGCAACAAUCGGCCCUCCCGGCACCGCCAGCCAACGAUGCCGAGGUCCACGGGGAAGGGAUGGUAUGGCCCAUCACGUCAGAAACCCUCGAUGCGCAGCAUGCAGAAGGUCAUGUAGACCUAGCCUUGCCUCCCGAGCCAACAGCCGUGGCGAGUGAAGUAGAUACAGCCUCGCGGUCGCCUACAAGACAAACAUUACCCCGCGAGGUCGACGACUAUGGAUACAACGCGCGUCGGUAUCAGAAUGAGGCUGAAGAGCGCAUGAUUGGUAUGGUCGAUCGCCCAGAAGAGGACGAUGAAGAAGACUCAGAAGACGAUGACGCUGUCGAUCACAAUGAAGAAGAGCCAGACGACGCCGGCGAUGACUAUGACAUGCGCAACUACGCGGAUGUGGAUGAUGAUGAAGACGGCUUCGAACAAUACGAUGACGAAGAAGGUGGAGAGUAUCCUGAAGGAGAGAUGCUGAGCCCGGAUGAUGAGGAGGGAAGCUACGAUGAAGAUGAGGGGGAAGAGGACUACGAAAGCGAUGACGAAGAGCAGCAGCAUGGUGCUGCGCAAUCUCCUGCUGCACCGCCUGGACCGCCCGUCGUUAUCGACUUGAUCUCUGAUUCGGAAGAUGAAGAUCAGCCGCCGCCACAGCAUGCCGCCAAGGCAAUGCCUUCAGCCUUCUCGCAGCAAACAGCUCAGGCCCCGCGAGUUGAGCAAGCUAGUGAAGGUGUUCUUGAAGAUGAGGGGGGGCAUGCCAGGCACGAUAUACCUGCCCACACAUUCGGCCAGCCAUUUGCAGCAGCCGGCUCGAUCAUGACUACGGCUGCUCAACAGCCUUCUGACGAGGUCGAGAGUGCUGGAUCGCCGUCCUACGGGGUACAGUCGGACGACAACGAAGAAGAUUAUGAGGAGGACGCAGAUGCAGAUGCGCUUGGCGAAAGUGACGAGGAGCCCGAGGAAGAAAACAGUGAUGACGAAGCCGACGAUGUCGAAAUGGACAGACCGCUCAACCCCCAGCCCGUUGACGUGGAGGAACCUGAAGUGAUCGAAGAAGAGGUCGGAGAGCAACGAAUCGAAAUUAGCGAAACUGUGCAGAUUACUCAAGAAGUAGACACGGAGACAACGACAGUCGCGAAAACCACGUCGACUACUAUAGCCACGUCCAAUGCGGAUAUGGACUCCACGGAGAUUGUCGAAACCAUUAUCGAGACAAGGAAAUCGCCGGUGUCAAGACUUGAGCCGCAAGUGCUCACAACAGACUCCACUGCUAUGGGCGACGUCAGUCGGCAUGAGAAUAUCGAUAAAGGGAACAUCGCCCCAUCCUCGCCCCCUCUGAGUCAGCAGAUCAAGUCUCAGGUCUUUGGAGACCAACCCUUGAUGUUGUCAUCGCCACUACCUUCGUCGCAGUUGCAGGAAGAUCAGUUGCCUACGCCUCGUGAAACCCAGCAGAAAGAAGGGCCUACUUCACGUCAUGAAAGCGACAUGCUGGUUGAUGAAGAGAUCGAUGAGCACGAGCCCAGCCCUGCUCCUCGCUCGACCGCUCUUCCCCAGUCGGAGCUGUCUGAGAAGGAGCCGGAAGAGGUCGAGCUAUUCUCUAUGCAGCCGGAAACUGGCGACCAAGAGGAAGAUGCACCUAUGGUUGAUCUGGUCUCUGAGGAGCCACAAGUCCCGCCGGCAGAGGUCAUAUCGGAAGAACCUACAGCGUCGUCUCCCAUCCCGAAAGCCAAAGAGUCCAAUAUAGGAGAUGAGGGAGACCAACCGCAAGCCACUCAAGCUAGCAAAGAUACCAUCGAGGUCACUCCUGCCCUCGUCGAGAAGGAGCAGGUUGUUGAACCGGUGGAAGAGGCCGUCAAGCCGGGCCAAGAAGACGACGAGCAAGGAGCGGUACCACCCGAUGCCUCGCAGCCGGGGAGAGAUCACCAAGAAGACUCUGUCAAGCUGCAAGACGACUCUAAGAGAGAUGAAGAGCCUGCGGAGCCCUCAGCCGCUGAAGGGCCGGCGGUCCAUACACGUAGUAGGACUAAGGACACUAAGGAGCCGCCACCAGCCAAGUCAACUACCAGAACGAAAGCCAAGCCUGCUCCAAUUGACCCCAGCAUCCAACUCGCAAGGGCUGCGCGAAGGGGUAAACGCCACCAAGAACCUGAAAGCCCAACGGUCACUACGAGAGCCCGUUCUAGAAGUGUUCAGCAGAGCGCCACCCCCGAGCUGCAGGAUGCCAGCGUCCAGCUGGCCAGAGCAGCACUUCAAUCCCCUUCUCGCAAGACUCACCAUCCGCCAGCACCACCCGCAGCCGCAGCCGCAGCGAAAACAAGCACAGCCUCUGCGGCAUCCCUCAAGCUUGAGCUGGCUAAACGCCUGCGGUCCGACCUGCCGGAGUGCGUGGCGCUCAAGACACUCAAGUCGCACCUCAACCGCAAGCUCGACGUGCUCGCCAUCGCUACGACGGCGUCUUCGGAAGCCACGCGUCUGAAGACGCGACAGUACGCGCUCUCCUUCAACGUCACCGACCCCUCCACGGCGCCCCUCCACGUCGUCGAGGUGCAGGUGUACCGCGCCCACAAGGAUUCUCUGCCCGCCGUGAAGCCCGGCGAUGGCGUGCUGCUGCGCGGGUUCCAGGUGGUGGCGCUGACGGGCAAGGACUUUGGCCUGCGGAGCGACGAGGCGUCCGGGUACGCCGUGUUCGAGCAGGAAGGGUCCGGCGAGCCGCAGAUCAACGGCCCGCCGGUGGAGGACAUCGAUGCCGAGGCUGGCUAUGCGGAGACCCUGAAGGAGUGGUACCGCCUGCUGGACAGCGCGGCCAAGGACAAGCUCGCCAAGGCGAAUAAGAAGUUCGCCGACGUGACGGCGGGCAAGUCUAAGUGA